AUGGUGAAGACGCUUUCCGCUGAACAGUUCCAAUCGCAGAUCGUUAACAACUACACUAACGUUAUCGGCAAACAAGUCGGCGGCCAGGUGUUGUCGUGCUCCGAUGAGUUCUUCGCCGAGGCCGCCAACUUGAUCAAGCCCGGCAAGGCCGUGCAAGACUUGACCAAGUUCGUCCCCACCGGCAAGUGGUUUGACGGCUGGGAGACGAGACGCCACAACACCGAGGAAGCCGACUGGGUCAUUUUCAAGAUGGGGGUGGCGCUGGCUCAGUUGAUCGGGGUCGAGGUCGACACUGAUAACUUCAAGGGUAACUGUGCCCCCGAAAUCUCGGUGGAGGCGGCGCAAAACUUCGACUCCGACGACAUCACCGAGUGGGAAACCGUCAUCGACAAAGUCGAGUGCGGCCCGUCGCAACAAUUCUUCUUUGUCCGUGACCAGGGGUUGACCGACAAGAACUACACCCAUGUGCGGUUGAGAAUGUACCCUGACGGCGGUAUUGCCCGGUUCCGUGCCUACGGUAAGGUGGUGCCCACCAACUUGACCAAGGGGGCCGUCAUCGACACCGCCGCCGUCGGCAACGGUGGGGUGGCUAUUGCCUGCUCCGACCAGCACUUCUCGCCUGCCUCCAACAUCCUCUUGCCCGGCAGAGGUGUCGACAUGUCUGACGGGUGGGAAACCGCCAGAUCUCGUGGCGCCGACCACUUCGACUGGGUGAUUGUCCGUCUCGGUGCUGCCACCAACAUCAAGAAGGUGGUGGUCGACACUGCCUUCUUCCGGGGUAACUUCCCUCAGAAGAUCAACGUGCUGGCCAUCUCUACCAGCGACGAAUCGACGCUCUCAGUGAAGUCCGACUGGACCGAAAUCGUCCCCAACUCCCCCACUGGCGCCGACAAGGAGUUGGAGUACCCCGUCGACGGCGACGCUGUCUACACCCACGUGCUCUUGAAGAUGAUCCCCGACGGUGGGGUGAAGAGAUUGAGAGUCUUCGGUACCACUGCAUAG